GAAAGCUGGCGAGUGUCGGAAGCCUGCGCGUGAUGCUGGGAGGCGAGAUGGACUGACGCCACUUUUACUUUAUAUUCUCAAUUAAUUAACCAUGGCCACCAUCAACGACCUCCCGGAGGAGAUUCUGGAGUACAUCUUAUGUCUGAUAUCACCCUACAAUGAUCUGCGGAACUGUCGGCAGGUGUGUCAGCGGUGGUACACGUGCUGCCAGGGGGUGGUGGAGAAGAGGAAGUCCCGGUUCUUCUCAGCCCUGAAGAUGGGGUGUGUGAAGUGGCUGACGCCCACCUACCCGAGCCACAUCAUCCCCAUCAGCAAACGGUACUCCCACUGCUCCUGCGUGUUUGAGUCCACCAUGUACGUGUUUGGCGGCUGCACCUCCACCAACACCACCUUCAAUGACCUGUGGCGCUUUGACCUGGGCUCCCACGAGUGGACACGGCUACUCACCACGGGCACCUAUCCCUCCCCCAAGGCCUACGCCUCCAUGGUCACCUGGAACAAGUGCCUGGUGCUGUUUGGUGGAUGGACGCACCCCUCUGUGUACCCGCUGCACCAGCAGUGGGUGCUGUUCAGUGAGCUGCACGUGUACGACAUCCUGGGCAACCGCUGGACACAGCUGUACUCCCCUGGCUCCCCGCCCCCCACAGCUGGCCACUCCGCCUCCAUGCACGGCAGCAUUAUGGUGGUGUUUGGAGGCCUGCAGAAGCUGGAGCGUACCUUUGCCAGCACCAACGACGUGUUCUGUCUGGACCUGGUGCAGCAGUGCUGGUUCAAGCCGCUUGUGGGGGAGGAGGAGCCCAAGCCACGCUAUGGCCACUCCCACAUCAAACUGGAUGAGCGGCACAUCCUGGUGCUGGCGGGCUGUGGCGGCUCCAACAAACUGUACAACGACGUGUGGCUCCUCACACUGCCUGCUGACCUGCAUGACCGCACUGCCCGCUGGCACUGGCAGCAGGUCACCAUCAGGGAGCCGGAGCACAUGCCGCCCCAGAUGUGGUACAACCCAGCCUGCAGGGUGGGCAGCAGUGUGGUGGUGCUGUCUAACGCUGGGGGUGCUGGGGCCCAGGCAGGGGGCACCAUGUCCCAGCUGCUGGUGCCGGGCUCUGUCAGACGUCAGGCGGCCAAUGUAUGGGUGCCGCCAGUGGCCCAGGCAGAGGUCCGACCCCCUGCCCCUCCCCCGCCACCACCCCAGAGACAGAGGGAGCCUAAUGUCAAUGGGCAGCGGGGCUUCCUGCGCAUGGCCGAUCCUUCCGAGUCCAGCAGUGAUGAGAGUGAGGAGGGCAGCCUGCCUGGGGUGCCAGGGGGGGCUGGGAGGGGUAGGCCGAGACCCUCCAUACGCCCCAAUGCCUCUUGUGACAGGGAGCGGCGGCUGCAAGUGCUGUCCAGGAUGAAGGAGCGGCUCAGAGAACUCUCACGGCAGCAGGACCCCGGUGGUGGUGGUGGCGGUGGCAGGAGUGGUGCUGGGGGUAGGGGUGGGGUUGGAGGUGGAGGCCCUGCCAGGCCGGCCCCAGUCCGCAGCACAGUCAUCCCUCACCUCCUAGACAUCAGCCGUGUGGUGAGCCGGCAGGAGGCCCGUUGGUGGCCAGUGAGCCACGCUGACGGCCUGCAAACUUGUGUGGGCAGCCCACCUCGCCCCUCCCUCCUCUACUCCCUGGUGCUGGCCCGGGAUCGCCUGGUCAUGUUUGGUGGCAUCCCGCAUGACCCCACGGGUGAUCUGAGUCAGGAGAAUGCCUCAAAUUCUGUGAUAUUUAUCUCUGCUCCCUCCAGCUCCUACUUUGCUGCUUAGGCAUGUCUGUUGCUGGGACACUCACUGGCCCAAUCACACCAAUAGUUUUCUCUCCUACGGGUCACAUCAGUGAACUUACUUCCCAGCUGAAAUAUUCUGAGGCUCUUCCUAUGCAUGACUUAACAACAGUAUGAAAGGCAACAAUAAUUAGCUGCUGUUGAAGCAGAGAAUUAAAACACAUGUGAAGCAUGAAACCAAACACUAACCGUUCCCAGUGAAGUUUUGCUGUACCUGUGUGACAUUAUUCAGAUGUUUUUUUGUCUUGCUCUAAUUUCUAAGUGCACUGACAUUGUAAAUAUAACAAAAAUGUGCAUAAUUCAGUAAAGUUUUGGUGAUUUUGUUUAUAGUGACGUUGAAUUGAUGUGAGUUGUGUGCGUGACAAGACUACUUACUCAUUUCACUUGGUAAUGUUGACAAGUGCAGCUUAAGAGUAUCAUUUCAACUGAAAACUACUGUGGAUUCACAAUAUUACCAGCCUCGGCACUCCCCAGCACUGAUUAAUGAGGUGCUGAGGGAGAUGGUGAGGUGUCACACCAGAAACACUCUCUGUGGCAUAAUCUUCCUGCUUACAUGAAGUCAUUGAAUGUUUACUGAGAUGUCACUGAAUGCAUGUUGUCUUGUACUUCUAGAACUGUGCAGGUGUACAGUGUUAUGAGGGGAUCUGCUACAUCAGUGCACAUAAGAACGUAAACAAAUAAGAGAAGCUGCAAAAAGCCAUCACCCCUACAUGUGUACUGUAGUUAUUUCCACCUAUCAUCCUUACCUAUGAAUUUUGUAAUCUUCCUUUGAAACUCCCUAAUGACUCAACACUAAAAGUCUGACUACUGAAUCUAUUGCAUUCAUCUACCAUUUCUUCUCUCUCCUUUUUAAAUUUAACUUUAUCAAGCUUAAAACCAUCAUUCCUCAUUCUGUUGAACAUACCAACUGAAAAUUUUGCACACACCAGCCUUGUAUCUCUAUACUGCCCACAGAGCCCUAGCAGGUCCCCUCUUAACCAGUGAACCUUUAAUAAAAGAUGUUAAACAGGAUGAUGAUAAGACUCUCCAUGUAUUUAUCCCAGUCAGGGAAGUAUUGUUGUUCCACUUGUCACCAAGUUGUGUCUUUCAUUCAGCACCAAGUAAUGUGAUGUGCUCCUCUUGCCUCCAUCACCAGGUCAACACUGUGAAGUGCUGCUGUAAAUUUAUGGUGAUGAAAUGUUCAAUUAUUCUCUGUUUUCUUAAAAAUUCAUCUGCUGUUUUCAAUGUAUGAUCGUGUGUGAAAUGCAGCUUGUUGCUUUAUAUGUAUUCUUAAGUAAAUGUAUAUUCUGAAUUAAUAUAAUGAAGUUUUUUUAA